ACCACAAAGACUUCUCCAAACUCUUGACAUCACUUGCUCUGGCCUCAGUUUUAGAACAGAGGAUCCUGCAGACAGUUUCAAGACCAGAGAAAAGAGCAUCAUCUCCAGGGUGUCUGAGAGGAGCAGGGCUUCAUGGAGUGCGGACCUCCCAACAUGACUGUGUCCCCCACGCCUGAAUCUGCAGGAUUUGGUUCUGACAAUUCAACGAAGAAUAGUAGUUCAUCUGGAAGCCUUAAUUACUGGGUGAAGAUCCUCUCUCUGCUCAUUGCUCUACUUGGGCUGAUUGGGAACGGCGCCGUCCUGUGGCUCCUGGGCUUCCGCAGCCGGAGGAAUCACUUCUCAGUCUACAUCCUCAACCUGGCGGCGGCCGACGCCCUCUUCCUUUGUUUCUCCAUUCUUCAAUACAUAGCUAUUUUUUCUAGAGCUUCCGAUUUAACAUGGGAAAUACUGUUUAAAUUCAGAUACAUAUUCUAUACUGCGGGCCUGAGCCUCCUGGUGGUGAUCAGCACCGAGCGCUGUCUCUCCGCGCUCUUCCCCAUCUGGUACCGAAGUCGCAGUCCGAAGCACACGUCGGCCGCGGUCUGUACUGGGCUCUGGACUCUGAACGGGAUGUUCUGGCUACUAGGUCUUGCUCUUUGGUAUCGUUUUAAACAAAGCUUUGUCACCUUCAUCAUCAUCCUGGGUGCGUGGCUCCUCCUCCUCACGUGUGUGAUGGGCGUGUCCAGCCUCACUCUGCUGCUGAGGGUCCAGUGCAGCUCCCGGCACCGGCGGCUCCCCAGGCUCUACCUCCUGGUGCUGCUCACGGUGCUCGUGUUCCUGCUCUGCGGCCUGCCCUGGGGGGUCGGGGAUUUCAUGGUUUUGUUUUGCCCUGAAUUAAACCUCAUGCGUUAUUGGUUCUGUGACCUCCUGGCCUGUGUGAACAGCAGUGUGAACCCCCUCAUUUACUUCUUCGUGGGCAGACUAGGGAAUAGGAGGAGGGACCCUCUCAGGGUGGUGCUCCAGAGGGCCCUUGGGGAUGAGCAGGAGUUAGGAGGUGAGAUAACAAACACCAGCAGCCAGGAGACUACACACUGAGUCUAAGAAGAUGUUUAGACACAACAGCCCUUGAAAGGAGCCCCCUGCCCCAGACCAAGUACCAGCUCCCCCUCCCUCAAAGGAAAAUCAGGAUUCCCCUUCCAUUAUUUAUGUGGAUGUCUAAGAUGGGAACUCUUGGCAAUGAACAUUUAUUAGGUGCCUAUUGUAUACCAAGUAGCUGGAUAUCCAAAAAGGACAGAACUCCAAGUUCUGGAAUGGGAAGGACUGACGUCACAUCUAGUCUAAGAACGUAGCUGUAUAACCCUGCACAAGUCCUUCAACUCUGCCUCAAUUUCCUCAUCUAUAAAAUGAACAAUCAAAAGAAAUGCCAAAGCUGUCAAGCAUCUUUGUCCAGAAAAACCCAGAUAGGGUCAUAUGACUGAACAACAAAAUUAUACCAGGAACUGUACUAAGCCCUUCAAAAUAUUUCAUUUAUACCCUUCAUAUGCCUUGGAUGUAUGUGUUCUCCAGAUUUCCAUUUUACACUUAAGGAAAUUGAGGCAGGCAGAGUUUCAAUGUAUUACUCAGGCUCCCAAAACAUGUAACCAUCUGAGACUGGAUUUGAACUCAGAUCUUCCUAAUUCCAGGCCAAGUAAUACUCUGUGUACUUUGGAGCUCCAUAGAUUGCUUGAGGCUCCUUUUCCUAGGGACUGAGGUCCAGAGACUCAUGUAUCAACAGCCUAGAGGAAGAUUUCCACAACAAAUGGUCAUUGUCCCUAUCCUGAAGAGUAGAGGGAGAAGAAACACACACACACACACACACACACACACACACACACACACACACUGAACAACAUUUUUCUGUGGAAUAUCUUGGAAGAAAUCAUUCAGUCUCCAUUUGAUUUCUCCAAUGAUAAUGAUCCUACUCCUUCCUCAAUCCUUUCAAAUAGCAUAUUUUAUCUCAUCUAGCCACAGAUACAGUGAUGACAUGAUGUUUUUAAACUUGUAUUAUUUAUAUAAUCUUUCAUGUUGAUAAUUUUCUUUACAUUUCUGAUAUAUUGUAUUUCUGAUAUAAAAGCCAC